GGAGCUCAGUCGGAGGGGGGGAAGGCGAGAGAAGGACGGCGGACCGCUCGGCGCCCGCGACGACUCCUCCUCCGCCUCCUCCGCUUCUUCCCCCCUCUCCCUCCUCCCCCUCAGCCGGCUCCAGACCACCAUGCGGCGCUCCGGGCCGCUCCCCGCCGUCCUCUCCGUCCUCCUGGCCACGGCCGGCAGCCUCUUCCCCACACCGGCGGCCGCGCAGAACGCCGGGUUUGUCAAGUCGCCCAUGUCAGAAACUAAACUCACGGGGGACGCCUUUGAGCUGUACUGUGACGUGGUUGGGAACCCCACUCCAGAGAUCCAGUGGUGGUAUGCUGAAGUCAACCGGGCUGAAUCUUUCAAACAGCUAUGGGACGGCGCUCGGAAGCGCCGUGUCACCAUUAACACUGCCUACGGGGUGAACGGCGUGAGUGUGCUGAGAAUUGUCCGCCUUACCUUGGAAGACUCUGGGACUUACGAGUGCAGGGCCAGCAACGAUCCCAGAAGGAAUGACUUGAGGCAGAACCCUGCCAUAACGUGGAUACGGGCCCAGGCUACCAUAAGCGUCCUUCAGAAGCCCGGGAUUAACGCCACUGAGGAUCUCAUCAUUCCUCGCCAGAAUCCUUCCGUCAUCGUCCUGCAAUGCAAUCUCACCUCACUUCCCAGCCCGCUCCGUUCCAGCUAUUGGGUGAAAAAUGGCGAGGAGAUUUCAAGCAUCGGGAAGAGCCCCGAAACUUCCAUAGAGUACAGAAUCCUAAAGCCCAGAACAGAGGAUUCGGGAGAAUAUGUGUGUGUGUUCACGUUUGAGGGCUCUCCUGUAGCAAAUGCAACUAUAGAAGUGAGAGCUAUUCCUGACAUCACUGGUCACAAGCGAAGUGAGAACAAGAACGAAGGUCAGGACGCAAUGAUGUACUGCAAGUCUGUGGGCUUCCCAUACCCAGAGUGGGUGUGGCGUAAGAAGGUUGAAGGGGUCCCUUUGGACCUCAAAAAUGACACCGGCCGCUUCUUCGUUAUCAGUAAAGAGAAUUACACCGAACUGCACAUCAAAGACCUCCAAAUUGACAAGGAUCCUGGCGAGUACGAGUGCAACGCGACCAACCAGGUUGGGACCGCGGCCGAGACCACCAUCCUUCGUGUCCGCAGUCACUUGGCUCCUCUGUGGCCUUUCUUGGGCAUCCUGGCGGAGAUCAUCAUCCUCGUUGUCAUCAUCGUGGUUUACGAGAAGAGGAAGCGGCCGGAUGAAGUCCCUGACGAUGAUGAACCAGCUGGGCCAAUGAAAACCAACUCCACAAACAACCACAAAGACAAAAAUCUACGCCAGAGAAACACAAAUUAAAAGUAACGCUUAUGUAAGUCUUUUUUGAAAGACUGACGGCAAUAUCACCUGCUAAACUGACUAGUUGGAUUGCUUGGGGUUUUUUUCAAAGUCCAGCUCUAUCUGCUGUUUUUCUUUCGAGUGAGCAAACGACGACCGUCUAAAAAGCAUGCCUUAUUUUAGCCUCUCCCGCAAGGACAACUGACAUAGCCGAUACAUUUAAUGAUGCUUCAGUCAUAGAGGGUGUAAACUAUUUUGGGCUUUAAUGUGUUGUGGAUGUUGCUUUCCCACCCAACCCCCUCCCCUCCCUUUAUUAAGUAUUAAAGAUUUGCAUGCAGACUUUUUUUUUAACUUAACAUAGCUGUUUAAAUUUAGCGAAGCUCUGAGAUGCACUGCUGCCAUCUAGUGAUUACUUUUGUAAAAUACAGCAAAACCUAAAAUAUACAGUAUAUAUAUAUUAUAUAUAUUUAUAUUUUGGGAGGGAGGGGGGAACAAACUACAAGCAAACACUUUGAUUUAUAAGCUGCUAAAUUCAUUCCUUUAUAUGGUGUGUGUCUGAGAGAGGAGAGAAUUAUGUUCAGAACUUGAGUACUAUAAGUCGAAAUUAUCCUAAGGGCUUAACCUUAUACAAAGACUGAAAUGUUCUUCAAUCAAAGGUUACAAGACCUGGAACAGUCCAGUAGUUAAUGAUGAACUACAGAAAGAGGAGGGGGUAAACUUUUAGUUUAUAAAUAUUAUGAUUGCUUUUUAAGUGAUUUUUUUUUGUUGUUGAAUCAUGUAAAUUUCUCAAAUCCUUUUGCACUGAUUGUGUUCACAUUCUUGUACAUUCGAUUCAGGCAGACUUUUAUAAUUUACUUCUUCUUUUUUUUGUUUUGUUUAAAAUGAUGAUGUAAACAGCAUGGUGAUAUUCUAUGCAACUGGUUUGUUUCAGUUUGACACUGUAAUUAUUCACAUUGAUUUAAAGACUGACUGUAGAAUCACAGACAUAACAGGGUUUCCGAUUCUGUGCAUACCUGUAGAUGCAUGAACUUGUGGCGUGUGUGUACCUGUUGAAGUGCAAUGAUGUAUUUAAAAAAAAGUGGAUUCACCUGUUUUUAAAAAUAAAACACUAAAGAAAAA